AUGAAUUACCCUUUUAAUCCAUCUCCUUCCUAUUCAUUCAGUGUUGCUAAGAAGUAUUUAUGUCUUAAUUCAAAGAAUACAAUCUCACUUUUUAUUACCCUAAAUUAGUAUGGGACCUGGCUAAUAUCAUCCUAAAACUGAGAAGAAAGGAGGGACAUUGAAUUUUGGAUCAUAUAGUUAGCGCAAAAUGAUAUUGGCUUAGGAUUCUUUAACUCCAGGACCACUUCAUUAUACAAUCAAUACUUAUCGAAGUUAAGGUGUUUCAUUUGCUAAUUCAAAUAAGCCUCUAAAUAAACCAACUCUAAAUCCUGGGCCAGGGUAUUUUUACACAAAAUUAGGCAAUAUCUACCAACAGAUGAACCUCAUAGUAGACUUGGAGGGUCUAUUUCAAAGACUUCAAGAAAUGAAAAUUUUGAUAAUAAAAUUCCAGGAGCUGGUCAUUAUCCUAUUAAAUCAACAUUGAAUAGUCUAGGCUAUAAAUUCAAAUAAUUACAUAAAAGAGCUAGAACAGAUCAUAUGAGUCCUGAACCUGGUCCUGGAUCCUAUUCAAUCUUGUAGGAUUCAAUGAAUCAUGGCUUCAAAAUGCAUAAUUCAAAAAGAACUUGGUCAUAUAUUUUAAAAACAGAGACUCCAGGUCCUGGAACCUAUUAAAGCGAAAGUUUUACAUAAAACAGGGCGUCAUCUAAACAUUCAAAAGCAUCUUCUAAAGAGUAAUCAAAAAUUUUAAAUAAAUGUUUCUCUUAACAUGAGUCAAAAUAAUCAAAUAAAUUUGGAACAUUCAAUUAAUCUAAAGGUAAUUUUGAUUCUCAUGGUACAUUAACCACAAGAUCAAAAUUCAAGUCUAAUCAUAUAAGUUAAUAAUAAAAUAUUAGUGAUUCUUAUAAUAGAAUGAGGGAAUAUGGUAAAUUAAAAGUAACAUUUACAAAAUAAGUAAGAAAAGAAGAAUUCCUAGAUGAAUUUUCUAAUCCAAAUCCAAAAAAAAUAAAUAGAUCUCCAGGACCAGCUAUGUAUGCUGAUACCAAAUUCAAACCAAAUAAAAAAUUUGGAUUUAUGCCAGUUUCAAAAAAGGGAGAUACAUUCAAACCAAAAGAAGGACCUGGGGUUGGAGAGUAUUCUAAAAUAAUUCCUUUUGGUAAGAUUUACAACAAACAUAUGACACCCAAGAGAUAAUUUUUUAAAUUCAAAGAUCUUAAUUAAUUUGAUUUUGACUAAUGA